AGUCGCUUUUGGUAAGUGCCACGCCAUUCCUCUCUCGGUUGUUCGAGUGUUUCAAAAAAAGAAAAGAACGCCGGCUUUUUUCCGGUAACCAUUGGUUGAUUCAAAAUGGAAUAGCGAAAAAAAUUGUACUGUUUUGGUUGAAAUUGGACUUAUCGAAGCGACAUUUUACUGCGUUUGGUCUGCUAGGGGAAGGGGCGUCUGUAUUCUACACGUACUGCGGUUCUAGUCAUUUUCACCCGAGAACCGGUGAGAAAAUUGUAACAUCGACAGAGGAAUAACAUCUUGGUCAUCAAAAUGGAGCAUGUUUCCAAGUUCCGGUUGAAUCUGGAAAAGCAGGAGAGUCUGGUCAAGCUCGGAAUUCUUACCACGGCUGCCAUUCUGUCAUUCUCGACCCGCCUCUUCUCGGUGCUGCGGUUCGAAAGUGUAAUUCACGAGUUUGAUCCGUACUUUAACUACCGAACCACAAAGUUUCUGGCCGAGCAAGGGUUCUACAAUUUUCAUAAUUGGUUCGAUGAACGAGCCUGGUAUCCGCUGGGGCGCAUCAUUGGCGGUACUAUCUAUCCUGGCUUGAUGGUUACGUCGGCCACGCUUUACAGGAUACUCUGGCUGCUGAAUAUUACGGUAGAUAUUCGAAAUGUUUGCGUGUUUUUGGCACCGUUCUUCUCGUCGUUGACCACCAUCGUGACGUAUCUGCUGACGAAGGAAAUUCACAGUACUGGUGCCGGGUUGGUGGCAGCCGCCAUGAUCUCGAUUGUUCCGGGAUAUAUUUCUCGCUCGGUUGCCGGCUCGUAUGACAACGAAGGCAUCGCUAUCUUCUGUAUGUUGUUAACUUACUACACCUGGAUCAAAGCCGUCAAAACUGGAGCUAUUUUCUGGGCGACAAUGUCCGCUUUGGCGUACUUCUACAUGGUAUCCUCAUGGGGAGGUUACGUAUUUUUGAUCAAUCUGAUCCCGCUGCACGUGUUAGCCCUGAUGGCUACUGGUCGGUUUACGCACCGAGUUUAUAUCGCGUACAGUACUUUGUACACUAUUGGAACGAUACUGUCGAUGCAGAUUUCCUUUGUCGGAUUCCAGCCGGUUCAAAGUUCGGAGCAUAUGCUUGCGUUUGGCGUUUUUGGACUGUGCCAGUUGCAUUCAUUCGUUGAUUACGUCCGGUCCCGCGUUCCGAAGGAACACUUUGAAAUCUUGUUCAAUGCACUGGUGGUAACGAUUGCCUCGGUGACGGCGCUGGUAAGUGUGAUUCUAACGCUUACCGGAAAAAUUUCGCCCUGGACCGGACGAUUCUACUCGCUACUGGAUCCGUCGUACGCUAAGAAUCACAUUCCAAUUAUUGCCUCCGUAUCGGAGCACCAGCCGACAUCGUGGUCAUCGUUCUACUUCGAUCUUCAGAUUUUGGUGUUCCUGUUUCCGGCCGGGCUGUACUUUUGUUUUUCGAAACUUUCCGACGCCAACAUUUUCAUCAUCCUGUAUGGGGUCACCUCGAUCUAUUUCGCGGGCGUCAUGGUGCGUCUGAUGCUUGUUCUAGCUCCUGUAAUGUGCGUCCUAUCCGGGAUUGCAAUUUCUCAUCUGUUGAGCAAAUACAUCCGCAAUGUUGACACUGGAAGCGGCAGUAGUGGUUCCGGCGGUAAGACAGCGGAAACGAAGAAAGCCAAAAAAUACGAACAACAAUCGCCGAUGAAGAGCGAAAUUGCGAUUGCGUUCGUCGGGGUCAUUACGCUGCUACUGAUCACGUACACUUUCCACUGCACCUGGGUCACAUCGGAGGCGUACAGUUCCCCGAGUAUCGUUCUCAGCGCAAGGUCCCACGACGGUGGACGGAUCAUUUUCGACGAUUUCCGUGAGGCGUACUAUUGGCUGAAGAUGAACACACCGGAGGACGCUCGCGUCAUGUCCUGGUGGGACUACGGCUAUCAGAUAACGGCCAUGGCAAACCGCACAAUUUUAGUCGACAACAAUACGUGGAACAACACGCACAUCUCGCGGGUCGGUCAGGCAAUGGCUUCCACCGAGGAUAAGGCGUACGAUAUAAUGAAAGAGUUGGACGUGGAUUACGUCCUGGUAAUCUUCGGAGGGUUGACCGGUUACUCAUCGGAUGACAUAAACAAAUUCCUGUGGAUGGUCCGCAUCGGUGGCAGCACGGAUCGGGGAGCGCACAUCAAGGAAACCGAUUACUACGCCUCCAGCGGAGAUUUCCGUAUCGACAAGGAAGGAUCUCCGACGCUACUCAAUUGUCUGAUGUACAAAAUGUGCUACUACCGGUUCGGUCAAGUGUACACCGAAGGUGGUAAGGCCCCAGGGUACGAUCGGGUGCGUGGCGCAGAGAUCGGCAACAAAGACUUCGAACUGGAUGUGCUCGAGGAGGCGUACACCACCGAACACUGGUUGGUGCGAAUUUAUAAGGUCAAAGACUUGAGCAAUCGUGGCGUUUAGAUAGGGUAGGAUAUCAGCUAAUCGCGCACCAGGUUCUUCGAAUAAUGCGCUCGUACUCAAAAUCUUUAUUUAGGACAUGUAAUGCUGAUUUACUAUUUUGAUUUAUUUUUUCCGUGAACAAACUACUGAUAAGCUGAUUAAUAAUUGCACUCGCAGAAAAGUCCUAGAUAGUGUGUACGUAAUCCUCCCUAUGUGGUGGACAGUUUUGUAAUAUGUACCCGCGGAAGUGAUCAAUAAAACAGUCUGUCACACAA